GGCUGGUUUUAGGAUUUGUCAUCAUCUAAGAAAAUCACCCUUGGCAUUCAUUCAUUUCGCAACGGGAAUUGGUACUGUGCGCGUCAUUGAAGAUUAAACUACACAGCUAAUGUCAACCCCCAUGUUCUGCAUCUCCAGCCUGUCCAACUCUCUUGAUGAUCUUUUACCCAGAACGUCUGAACGAAGAGUAGGAUGGGAUUUUUUUAUAGCUUGACAGUCACGCAUACUUCUCAUCUGGGACUUAAAACAGCGCAGCGCCGUCCGCACUGAGGGUCACUCAAUAGUGUUGACCUCGACUGGCGUAAAUGCUGUCAUGGUUCCUAAUUACAAACUGUGUCAGCGCGUUGGUAGUCUCGAAACGAGCCGCGCAACGUACCUCAGCUUCCCACGUGCAUGUACAACCGAAGGAAAUUCGCAAGCGAAAUUUGUUCAAUCGAUUUUCCCCUUGCCCUUGCAGUCUGUACAAAUACCACCAUCUUUCAUGCCCUCGCCAUUACAAGCUGCGCACGGUGUUGUCAUUUUGCUCAGCUACAAGUCGUAGAAAUAGAUUUCAAAGUUGGUAAA